AUGUGGCAUCCCGGCCUAGCUCGCGUGAGCCGUCGACGGCUCACCUCCUUACCAUUACCAUCACCGUCGACAACGACAACGAUGCUGCUGCACCCGCCCACCUGCAUCCGCGCACACACCUCGUCACUCCCAACCCUGUACCGCCAUCUAUCCUCCACCCCCCGACGCCUCACCCCCCACCCAUCCUCCGGCGGCGGGCCCUUCGAACCCCUCCGUCCACCCUCCCCCUCCUCUCUCGGCGCACCCCGCGCCGCCCGCAGCUUCCACCGCACCCGCCGCUGGGGCCGCCGCCUGUUGAUCCUCUCCGCCGUGCUCGGAACAGGCUACCUCGUCGACCGCCAGGUGUACGCCUCGGGGAUCGCUCGCUCGCUGCGCACCUUUGGCACGGGCCUGCGUGUCGCGGCGGAUUAUAAGCUUAACUUUCGGCCGGAUCCGUUGCCGAUUAUUGGGAGUGGCGGGGCGGAUAAGAUUCCGGAGCUGCACCGGCGGAGCGCGGAGAGGCUGUUCGAUUUGCUAAGGGAGAAUGGGGGGUUGUAUUUGAAGAUUGGGCAGGCGAUUGCUAUGCAGAGCGCGGUGCUGCCGCCGGAGUUCCAGAGGAUGUUUGCGCGCAUGUUUGAUGAUGCGCCGCAGGACGAGUGGGAGGCGGUGGAAAAGGUGAUAAGGGAUGACUUUGGGGGAAGGAGUGUGGAGGAGGUGUUUGGGGUGAGCUUUGCGGGGGUGGAGGGGAAAGGGGUUAUGGAGCGGACGGCGAGGGCGAGUGCGUCGGUUGCUCAGGUGCAUUGGGCGCGGUUGCCGGAUGGGCGGGAGGUGGCGGUUAAGAUUCAGAAGCCUGAGAUUGCGAAGCAGAUUGGGUGGGAUUUGUGGUCUUUCAAAGUGGUUAUGAAAGUAUACACCUGGUGGUUCGAUUUACCAUUAUAUUCCCUCGUACCAUUCAUCACCGAACGGUUACUGCUCGAAACCGACUUUGAAAACGAGGCCAAAAACUCAGAAGUAAUGCGUGAUCUCGUCAACAACGAGCCUAGUUUACGAGGGAGGGUCUAUGUCCCUCCCGUAUACCCAGAACUUAGCUCCAGGCGUGUCCUCACUACGGAAUGGAUCGAGGGCGUCCGACUUUGGGAUAAAGAAGCUCUCACCCAAUCUUGGCGGGGUGGUUACGGCAAGGGGUCUAUGGGCGUGCAUGGCGCCCAGUUAGACCCUCCCGAUAUGGCGGCGAUCCGCCGAGAAUUAAGAGAGAACCCGCACAGCCAGAAACUGAAGCCGGAACGGACGGAGUGGCGAGGGCCCCGCGGGAAAGGAGGUCUAGGUGUGUCCAAAAAGGAGGUUAUGACGACCAUGGUUGAUCUAUUCUCGGCCCAGAUCUUCAAAUGGGGUGUCGUCCACUGUGAUCCUCACCCUGGCAAUAUCUUUAUCCGGCGGUUACCCAACGGCCUGCCCGAGCUCGUGUUAAUCGACCACGGGCUCUAUGUGUACAUGAGCGACAAAUUCCGGCACGAAUACGGAAUGUUCUGGAAGGCCCUGAUGACCUUCGACAACAAGAAGAUCGCCGAGAUCACCCAAGAAUGGGGUAUCAAAGCCUCGGACCUGUUCGCAUCGGCCACGCUCAUGCGGCCGUACGAAGGCGGCGAUCAGCAGCUGCAGAGGGACCUCAUGGCCUCGACGGAAGACGGCAGGACGGCGAGCCAGAAGCACUACGAGAUGCAGCGGCGGAUGAAGCAAGGCAUCCGCGACAUGCUGGCGGACGAGGACAAGUGGCCAAAGGAGCUCAUUUUCAUCGGCAGGAACAUGCGCAUCGUGCAGGGCAACAAUGCCUACAUGGGCUCCCCGGUCAACCGCAUCAAGAUGAUGGGUGAGUGGGCGAGCCGGUCGCUGUUCCAGGAUCGCAACCUGCCACUCCGACAAAGGAUGGUCAACAUCUGGCAGCAUCUGCUGUUCAAGACCGUUUUGUUCCUGUCGGACAUUGCGUUUUACUUUUUCCGACUAAAGCAAUUGCUUGGCCGGGGAGGUGGUUUGGAAGACGAGAUGGAGGCGAGGUUGAAGGAUGUGGCAAAGGAGUUUGGUGUUGAACUUCAGCACGAUGUUUUCGAAGGAUAG